UCAAUUGAACCAUUGUUAUAUAUCAUAAAUAUAAGAUAAAAUAAAACAUUUGUCAACAACUGUUUAUUGCAAUUUAGGAAUAAUCUUUUAGCAUUUAACCAUUCUGAUUUCCACACUUUGUUACUUCAUAUUUAUGUUAAAUAGAUCAUAACCAAUUUUUUCCACAUGGCUAGCAUAAGACCAAACGUUGAGGACCGGACUAAGGCUGAGGGCAUCCAGCUAAAAGAACCGGUACACAAACUGAAGCCAAAACAUUUUUGCGGCCUGUCAGAGCAAUGCAGCGGGAGUGUUCAGUUCUUGGAUGAUAACAGAAUCAUGUAUCCCAUUGGAAAGACCAUUGUGAUUGAUGAUAUAGUAACAAGACGCCAACGUUACUUACAGCUCACUAAAUCUGAUAGGAUAGUAAGGGCGAUGGUGUUGUCUCCAGAUCGACAUUAUCUCGCUGUCUCAGAAACAACUUCCAACAAACCGACGAUCACUAUAUUUAGCAUGAUCUCUCUAAAGCAAGUAAAAUAUCUGAUCAAUCCAAUUAAAUAUUGUACAGCUACACAGUUUGGGGCGCUUUCAUUUACAUGCACUGGAAAACACAUUGCUGCACUAAUAGGAGAUCCUGACUGGCUGUUGCUUUUAUAUGAUUGGGAAAAGGCCGUUGUAAUAAAUGAAACUAAAGCGCACCUUGGAAAAUCCAGAGCAAUCAUUGAUCAGAUAAUUUGUCAUCCUUCAGAUCAAAAUAGAUUAAUAUUUAUUGGUCCUGAAGUAUUUCGAAUGAUGCAUUUCAUGGAAAAAGAUUGGAUACAAUAUGGUUACAGACGUACGGAGAGCACACAUGUUACUUGUGCAUGUUGGAUUUCUCCAAAUCACUUGAUCGUCGGUACAGAAAAUGGCAAAUUACUUGCUAUUGAGUUUGGAAAUUUGAAAAGAGUCUACAAUGCUGCAACUGUGAAUGAGAUCGAUUUGAAAUCACAUGAUAAAAAUGAAGGAAAAGGCAUAGGAUUUAACAGUGACAUAAUACCUUUACCGGUAAAUCACCUUACCGGGUAUGAACUUGGUUUUGCAUAUACUUGUGGAGUCGGAAUGGUUAUUGUUUUCGAAAAGAAUGAAAAGACCUUAAAAAAUACCAAGUGGUAUAAAAGAGGAGUUUACCUCGCAAAUGGUCCUGCUAUUGGCGACUUGGAUUUAAGCGUGGUAGAUACCAUCCAACAGAUAGCAGUUAGCCAAGACGAGAAGACUUUAAUAUGCACGACUUUAAGAAAUGAAAUAUUUUAUGGUCCUUUGCAAAGUCCAAACACUUGGAAGGAUUCAGAAAAUGUUCCGAUGAACACAUUGUUUAACGGUAUGCACAACGGACAGAUUGCAGCGGUGUCCUCAGCCAUAUGGAAGUCAAUUUUUAUCACUGCUGGGAGGAUUGACAGAACUCUCAUGCUCUGGGAUUAUAGAUCAAGGAAAAUGAAGUUCCGAAAGGUGUUCGAUGAGGAUAUUUACAGUGCAGCUUUGCACCCCACCGGAUUUUUCUGCCUUGUCGGAUUCCAAUCCAAAUUAAAAUUACUUGUCAUCUUUGUUGAUGACUUUCGAUCAAUCAAGGACGUUGCAAUCCCACAUUGCCCAUUAAUAGAAUUUUCAUGGGGAGGACAAAUUUUUGCAGCUGUAAAUGGCUAUGAUGUUCAUAUCAUUUCUUCAAUAACACUGAAAUGUGUUCAAAUCUUGAAAGGACAUUCUAAGGAGAUUCUUAAUCUUCGUUUUUUAAAAGACGAUUACAUUUUGUUUUCUUGUGGUGAACAAGGCUCCCUGUACAAAUGGGAUUUGCGCAAGGAAUUGAGAGAUGUCGAUUUUGAAACAAGCUGUAAGGGAAUUUAUGAUGUCGCUCACGCUGAAGAUGCCCAUUUGACAUAUUUGAUUACAUUUGAAGGGACUAUAAAAGAAUUUCAUGACAAGAAACUCAUGAAAAUAUACGAUAUGAAAGAGUGGGCAUUAAGAGCACUUGUCGUCUCUAAUACAGAAAGUAUGAUGUUUGGUGCCUGCCAGAAUGGAUCGAUACUUUCAUUUUUAUUUCCAUUUAAUAAUAACGUAUUGUAUGUUGAGUAUACCAUGCAUACAACUUCUGUAAAACGGAUAUUAAUCACUCAGAAUGAACUGACGCUAAUAACAAUCGAUGAAGGUGGUGCACUUUGUCUUUGGGAAAUUGUGUAUCCAGAAGGAGUUGUUCCUGAUCCUAACAACGGAUUCAGUUUUCUAAGAGAAACUAUGGUCACUUACGAAGACUGGGCUGACAAGAAAAAAAGGCUAAAUACUUUGAGAAAAAAAUUGAAAGAUAUGGAUGAAGAAAAUGAUUAUAUAAUGAAGCAAAUGGUUGCAAAAAAUGAAAACAAUCUCACUGAAAUUCAGAAUGGCUAUAAAGCAACAAUAGCUGAUUUAGAAAAUAAGAUUAAAAUCCUUGAAAAAUCUCAUAUGAAAGAACUUGAAGACUGCACUUUAGCCAUGGCUGAAAAUUCCAAAAAAUAUGCUGAAGAAUUAGAAAAUCUUAAGAAAACAUACCAAGCAAAAGUGGAAGAAGAGAAUAUGAGAAGUGAAAAUAUCAUUUUUGAAACAAAGAAAUAUGUUAAUUAUUAUUGGGACAAACUGAAAAUAAUAGAAAAAGCUUCUCACAGAACUUUAGAAGAUCUAGCAAAAGAAAAGACAGAAUUACUUUUGCAAGCUGUGCAGAAAAAUUACUGUCUUCAAAAGAAAAUAAAUGAGUUGAAAAUCAACCAUACAGAAUUGACAGAACAGCUAGAAGAAGAUCGAGUUAUAGAAAUAGACGAUAUCACAACCAAUUUUGAAGAAAGAAUGGCUACCCAGAAUGAAACACGUACAACUCUUCUUGCUCACAAAAAAAUAAUUAUGAAAAGGAGUAAUAAGCUGAAUCUAAGAUUGCAGAAGUGCAAAACUUACAUACACACUUUUAAAUCCCACCAAUUGAAGUUAAAGCAAUAUCUCUUCAAAAAAGAAGCUGAAAUUACAAAAUUAAAACGAGAAGUUGCUCGCCGCAAAGAUCAAGUUGCUAAGACAAACGUGGCUAUAAUUAAGACGAUUAGAUCGCAGCGUGACUUUAUGAAAGAAAAAUUUGUAAGAGAUGUUAGAAUCGACACCCUAAAACAAAAACUAGAGCCUCUUGAGGACAAAUUCCAGCGUUAUACUGCACUUAACGACGAGUUGGAAAAAGUAUUAAAGAAUAAAGAUCGGCUAAUUAGUCGAACUAAAAAGAUGGUCACUCAGCUAACAAAGCAUUGUGUCGGUCUAAGUUCUGAACUAAAAGUACAAGAUGAUCUGCGGUAUGAAAGUGAACAGUUAAUUCAGAAAUUGAAAAAUGAAAUUUAUUCUUGCCUCCAAGCGUCUGUUGAUCCUAAACAGCUAAGGAAUACGCUUUUGGCCAUGCUACAUCGCUUUAUCACUCACCGUCAUAUUGAUGAUAGACAGGAUCCUUCGUCAGCUGCAGAAUUUAUGAGACAGAGGAAACACUUAGAAGCCUCUGCUAAGAACUUGAGAUCGCUUAUUAGCCGAAAACCAAGAAUAAUUGUCAAAUACAAAAGAACUUGUGCAGAAGCAACCAAAAAUCAUAUUGCUAACUUAAUUUCGGAAUUGAGAGCUCUGAGACGGUGCUGGAGAAGAUCAAAACGAAAAGCUCUUCAAUUUGAUAACAUUGUUGAGGUAGACGGUGAACAGACUUUCCAUGUUGCUCAUUUUGACAGAGAUUCUAAACCGAUAGACCUACGAAAAGAGGCAUUGACAGAAAUUUGGGGUUAUUAUUUGACAGUGCGAAUCUUAAUCAAUGAAAUAGAACAUCUGUCUGGACAACACAUAACCGAUUACAUAAAAACUAUAAAAGGAAGACUAACCAACCUUGUUCAAUGCAAAGCGAGGAAAACUGAUAAGAACAAAAAGGGUAAUCUAAUUGAAAAGGUUGUGAAACAUGUUAUGUUGGAACAAUCUCUGGCUUCAGAAAAAUCACAGAUUUCGUUUGGCUAAUAUGAAAAACGAAUGCCAAAAUGGAAAAGUUCGAAACUAAUUAAAAGUAGAAUUUUUUAAAUUUUUUA